GGGGCCGAGGGGACCCGGCAGCGAUGGAGACCCUGAGGCGCUGCUUCUAUGGACGGCCCCCGGGUGGGGGAGGGGCGGUGUCGUACUCCCGGCAGCGGGACCCCCCGGGUGGGGGAGGGGAGCAGGAGGAGGAGCGAGACCCCAUCGUCCGGCUGCCCCGCCCCCCGCCACGCCCACGGCGCAGGCCCCGCCCCCCGCCACACCCCAGGCUCCGCCCCCUCGUCACCCUCGCGCUGGGCUCCGCCUCCGCGUUCCUGGCGGGGCUGCUGGUGGCCGGGAUUGGUCACGUCCCCUGCGGGGGCGGGGCGGGGGUGGGGCCUGACCCAGAAGGCUCCGCCCCAGAGGACUCAGGGGGCGUGGCCAGCGCAGAGGCCCCGCCCACGUGGCCCCGCCUGCGGGAGCUGCUGGAGCGGCACCUGCGGGAGGAGCGGGUGGAGGCCUGGGUGCGGGAGGUGAGCGCGGCGCCGCACGGGGCGGGGUCGGAGCGGGGGCGGGGCCUGGCGCAGGUGGUGCUCAGCGCCAUGGUGGGGGCGGGGCUGAGCCGGGCCUGGAGCCGCCCCCAGACCCUCCCCCUGCCAGUACGGGGGUCGGCAUCGCUGCUGUGGGUGGAUGCGGAGGGGCGGGAGCUGGAGCGGCUCCGCCUCGACCCCGAGGCCUUCUGCGCCUGGAGCGCCCCCGGCAACGCCACGGGGGGGCUGGUGUACGGGCACUACGGGCGCCCCCAGGACCUGGCGCUGCUGCGGGCGCGGGGGGUGUCGCUGCGCGGGAACCUGCUGCUGCUGCGCCUGGGGAGGGGCCCCCCCGCCGCCAAGGUGGCAGCGGCGGCGGGGGCGGGGGCCAUUGGGGUGCUGCUGUACCCCGACCCCCAGGACACGGCCGGGCCUGGGGGGGGCCCUGGGCUGGGGGGGGACACGGCCGUGACCGUGCACGUACAGGAGGGCUCAGGGGACCCCUACAGCCGGGGGUUCCCCUCUUUCACCGGCCGGGUUCCCCCCCGCCGCCCCCCGGGGCUGCCCCCCAUCCCCGCCCACCCCCUCAGCGCCAACACCGCCGCCCGCCUGCUGCGGGUUCUGGGGGGUCCCCAGGCACCGGCACACUGGGGUCCCCCUGGUCGGGGGCUCCGGUACCACCCGGGCCCGGGGGGCCGGCGGCUGCGGCUGAGCGUGGCCGCGGGGACGAGGCCGGGGACCCUCACCAGCGUCUUCGGGGUCCUGGAGGGGCGGCUGGAGCCCGACUGUUACAUCAUCGUGGGGGCCCAGCGGGAUUCGCUGGGGCCGGGGGCGGCGGCCUCGGGGGUUGGCACCGCCCUCCUGCUGGAACUCGCCCACCUCUUCGCUGCCAUGGGGAGGGACGGGUUCCAGCUCCGACGGACGCUGCUCUUCGUCAGUUGGGACGGGGGCGAAUUCGGGCACUUGGGGGCCACCGAGUGGCUGGAGGGAUACCCCGACCUCCUGCACACCAAGGCGGCCGCCUACAUCAGCCUGGAUCAGGCCGUGCUGGGUGACGACCGUUUUGUGGCCAAAACCAGCCCCACGCUGGUCAACCUCCUGGAGAGCGCCCUCAGCCAGGUGGAGAGUCCCAACGAGGGCGGGAAAAGCCUCUUGGAGCAGGUGACGAGGCCGGGACGGAGCUGGGACAGCGACGUGAUCCGACCGUUGCCCCCCGAAAGCGGCGCCUUCCCCUUCACCGCCGCCGCCGGCGUCCCGGCGCUGGAGCUCGGCUUCGAUGAGGCUCCCGGCGGGUGGUCCCGAGCGGCGCUGGGGACACGCGAGGACACGCUGGGACGGCUGCAGGGGCGGCUGCGGGGGCGGCUGCCGGCGGUGGCCCGGGCGGUGGCCGCGGUGGCCACCCAGCUCCUGCUGCGGCUGGGACACGACGCGCGGCUGCCCCUCGACCCCGGCGCCCUGGGGGACGCGAUGCUGCGACGCCUGGCGCCGCUCCAGGCGCAGGGACUGUCCCUGCAGUGCCUGUCCUCAGCCCGCGGUGACGUCGUCCGCGCGGCCGAGACGCUGCGCCGGGAGAUGGCCGGGUCGGAGGGGACCAACGAGCGCCUGAACCGCGGCUUCAACGCCCGCAUCAUGGCCGCGGAGGCCUCGCUCCUGUCCCCCUUUGUGUCCCCCCUGGUCACCCCCUUCCGCCACGUGCUGCUGGGCCAGGGGGGUCACACGCUGCCGGCGCUGGCGGCUCAGCUUGGGGGGGGACGCGGCCGAGGGACGCCGGGGGACACCGGCCACCUCCGCCUCCGCCUGGCCCUGCUGGUCUGGACCCUGCAGGGGACAGCCGGGGCCCUGGCCGGGGACGUCUGGGACCGCGGGGACAUCUGGGGACGGGGGGACAUCGGGGACCGGGGGGACAUCUGGGACCGUGGUGGCACCGGGGACGUUGGAGACCGUGGGGACAAUGGGGACACCUGGGACAAUGGGGACACCUGGGACCGUGGUGGCCUUGGGGACACCGGGAGCCAUGGGGACAAGGACCUUGGUGGCCUUGGGGACAACGGGGACCGUGGUGACCCUGGGGACAUUGGAGACCGUGGGGACAGUGGGGACACCUGGGACUACGAGGACGAUGGUGACACCUGGGACCGUGGUGGCCUUGGGGACAUCGGUAGCCUUGGGGACAUCAGGGGCCAUGGGGGUGGUGGUGGCCUUGGGGACGUUGGUGGCCUUGGGGACAUCAGGGGCCGUGGGGACAAGGAUGGUGGUGGCCAUGGGGGUGGUGGUGGCCUUGGGGACGUCAGUGGCCUUGGGGACGUUGGAGGCCUUGGGGACAUCAGGGGCCGUGGGGACAUCGGGGGCCGUGGUGGCCCUGGGUGACACUUGGGGACAACGGGGACCCCCAGGGCCCCCCCCACCAGGACAUUGGGGACCCCUUGACCAGGGGGGAUGGACGGACGGAUGGAUGGACGACACCGGGACGCCUGGGUGUCCCCCCCGGCCCCGCCCCCUCAUUUGCAUACGGUGGGCGGGGCCGGAGGAGCCACCGUUGCUGCUUUUAUUGGCUCCGACUUCGGGCCAUAAAUUAUCGGAAUCGGUUAAAAAAAAAAAAAAAAAAAAAACCCCAACCAAAAAAAAU